GUUUUGCUCAUUUCAAUUGAUUGACUAUUCCAAUAAGGUAAUAUAUAUAUAAGGGGAAGGAUUAAUAAAAUCUUAGCUUUUGAUUCUAGUGAUAAUUGAGUUGACCGCACCAUAGAGUUAUUGGGGAGAGUAGUUAUAGAUCAUAUUUUUUUAUUGGUCCGACAUUUAUUUUUUUAAGUUGUAAAACCAUGAUAGAUGACGAUUGUAUUCUCUAUCAAUCACGUGUGAGCACUUUGUUGGAUAUGCUUUAGGCGAGAUAGAACCUAUUUCAAGCUUUUAUUUUUUGAGUCCAUAGUUUUGGUGGGUUGAUAUUUGGGUGGUGUUGUAGGAUGUUCAAUCUGGGAAUUGAGUAUUUUUGUAAUUGGUUGCCCUCAUCGGAUAAUCAACUUUGAUCUAAUUUUUCUAUCUUGGUUCAAGUUGACAUGGCUUCUGGAAUGGAAAUUGAGGAUGAAAGUGUAAACAAAGGUAGUAUGUGGGACUUGGAGCAGACGCUUGACCAACCCAUGGAUGAUGAAGCUGGAAAACUUAAGAACAUGCACGGAGAAAAGAAAUUAUCUGCUAUAUUGUUUAUUCGGCUUGCAUUUCAAAGUCUUGGAGUGGUCUAUGGAGACCUGGGAACUUCUCCUCUAUAUGUAUUUUACAAUACUUUCCCUCAUGGUAUCAAAGACCAGGAGGAUGUUAUAGGUGCCCUUUCAUUGAUUAUAUAUUCCCUCACUCUGAUUCCAUUGCUGAAGUAUGUUUUCAUAGUUUGCAAGGCAAACGAUAAUGGUCAAGGUGGAACAUUCGCACUUUACUCCUUGCUAUGUAGACAUGCUAAAGUCAGAAUGAUUCCUAAUCAGCAUAAGAGUGAUGAGGAAUUGACAACAUAUAGCCGCAGGAUAAUCCAUGAGCAUUCUUUUGCAGCAAAAACCAAGAAAUGGUUGGAGAGGUAUACUUCCAGAAAGAAUGCGCUUCUUAUACUUGUUCUUAUUGGUACAAGCAUGGUGAUUGGCGAUGGAAUCCUUACCCCAGCUAUAUCAGUUCUUUCAGCUGUUGGAGGUAUAAAAGUAAACCAACCCAAGUUGAAUGAUGGCAUAGUUGUCACCGUCGCAGUUAUCAUUUUGGUUGCUGUGUUUAGCAUGCAACACUAUGGUACUGAUAAAGUUGGGUGGCUCUUUGCUCCAAUUGUACUGCUUUGGUUUCUUUUAAUCGGAGGUAUUGGCAUAUACAACAUUUGGAAGCAUGAUAGAAGUGUUUUGAGAGCUUUUUCACCUGUGUAUAUAUACCAAUAUUUCAAAAGGGGUGGGAAAGAGAGCUGGACCUCUCUUGGGGGAAUCAUGCUUUGCAUCACUGGAACAGAGGCACUGUUUGCUGACUUAGCCCAUUUUCCAGUCGCCCCUAUACAGCUUGCUUUCACUAUGGUGGUGUUUCCUUGUCUUCUAUUAGCUUAUUCAGGACAAGCUGCCUACCUUAUGAAAAACCAUGAUCAUGUUCAAGACGCUUUCUAUAGAUCUAUUCCAGAGAGUAUAUACUGGCCAAUGUUUGUCGUGGCAACUUUAGCUGCGAUUGUUGCAAGUCAAGCAACUAUAUCCGCUACCUUCUCAAUAAUAAAGCAGGGUCAUGCACUUGGAUGUUUUCCGAGAGUAAAAGUUGUUCAUACAUCGAAGAAGUUCCUUGGACAGAUUUAUAUCCCAGACAUCAAUUGGAUCCUUUUGACUCUUUGCAUUGCUGUUACUGCUGGAUUCAAAAAUCAAAACCAAAUUGGCAACGCCUACGGUACGGCUGUCAUGAUUGUCAUGCUGGUGACCACAUUGCUCAUGUCUCUAAUCAUGUUACUAGUAUGGUGUUGGCAUUGGAUUUUGGUAAUCCUCUUCACUGUCUUAUCUCUACUCAUAGAGGGCUCUUUCUUCAGCGCCGUCCUCUUCAAAAUGGACCAAGGCGGUUGGAUUCCCCUAGUGAUCGCAACCACCUUCUUCAUCAUCAUGUAUGCAUGGCACUACGGCACGCUCAAACGGUACGAGUUCGAGAUGCACAGCAAGGUGUCAAUGGGAUGGGUCCUUGGACUCGGACCUAGUCUAGGCCUUGUCCGAGUCCCAGGCAUCGGACUCGUGUAUACCGAACUCGCUAGCGGUGUCCCCCGCAUAUUCUCCCAUUUAAUAACAAACCUACCCGCGAUGCACACGGUCGUGAUUUUUGUUUGCGUGAAAUAUCUCCCCGUUUACACAGUCCCCGAUGACGAGAGAUUCUUGGUUAAAAGGAUCGGGCCGAAGAACUUCCACAUGUUCCGUUGCGUCGCGAGGUACGGUUACAAGGACCUUCACAAGAAGGAUGACGAGUUCGAGAAAAAGCUUUUUGAGAACCUAUUCACAUUCGUCAGGGUCGAGUCUCUUAUGGAAGCCUCCUCGGACUCUGAGGUAGCGGGGGGAGAGACAGACAGAGAUACUGUUAUGACAGACCUCAUGGUCUCGGACUCGUCCGUGAGGGUGAAUCGGGUCACAUGGGCCUCCACGGUGGAGACAUGUGAGGAGUCGGAUGAGAUGGAGUUCUUGUCUAUGUGUAGAGAUGCGGGGGUGGUGCAUAUAUUUGGGAACACGUUGGUGAGAGCUAGGCAAGAUUCGAAUGUGUUGAAGAAUGUGGCGAAGAAGAUAACGGUGGAUCAUGUUUAUGCUUUGUUGAGGAAGAUGUGUAGGGAGAAUAGUGUUAUUUUUAACAUUCCUCAUGAAAGCCUUUUGAAUGUAGGCCAGGUAUGUUAUGUAUGAUAUCAAGACUUGAAAAUGUAACUUCUUAUUAGGUGAUUGUGAGGAUCGUGCUACUUUCCUCCUAUCAUAGUUAUGAGGAUCGUGCUACUUUCCUCCUAUCAUAAUUGUGAGGAUCGUGCUACUUUCCUCCUAUCACAGAAUAAACCCGAUAAUAAAUCAUAUGUAUUAAGUUGUCUUGUUUCACUAGGAGUAGCAUAUGUUUACAUAUAUGUUUGAUAUACAAAGGAGUAUAGAUU